UGUGAUAAGCGGUAUGGAGAACGGAUGGAUCGAUGAGGUCAGCAUCUGCCAAAUGACUAAAUGUAAACAAGGAUUCUAUUUAUAUUUUAACAAAUUGUGUCAGUCCUUGGCUUGCUACAGGCUUUCACUCCACUGAGAAAUAAAACGCACAAUCUGGCAACCCCCAGCUGUAGAAAGAGACGCGGCUAAAACGCACGGAACGGUCUGGGACCGCGGCAGUACCUUCUGUGCCUCUCGCCGGAUAUCUCGCCUGCUUUUUUCCUUCCUCGCCUUUUAUCCCAUCUUGUUUCAUGGACACUUUCGACAAGACAUGAGCGCGAGCUGUGACACCCCCCCGGACUGAUUAAAGAAUUUAAGGGACGGGGAGCUUUACUUCGUUUCGGACGCACGGGAACACCGGAUGCUUCCACGCUCUCCUUUUCUUUAAGAUCGCAUCUGACAGACAGAAAGGCAGACAGACAGACGGACAGACAGUGUCCCUGGAUGAGAAAUGGCUCUCGCGCUCACCAUCUUCCCGGUUUUCUGCGUGCUCUUAGCGUGUGCGCGCGCGGACGGCAACAACGGGGGCGGAAAAGCGCGCAGCUGCUCGGAAGCGCGGCGCUUCUACAGCGGCAAAGGCUUCACGCUCAACGGAGUCCCGCUCGCCGAGAUAUCGGGUGAGCAUCUGCGAGUAUGUCCUCAAGGCUAUACCUGUUGCACAAGUGCCAUGGAGGAGACGCUGUCCAACCUGAGCCGCAGAGAGUUCGAGGGCUUGGUGAGAGAGGCGGGACGCUCCAUUCAGGCUUCCCUAAAUGCCCAGUACAGGAGCUUUGACACGUACUUUCUGGAACGCCUGGACAGGUCUGAGAGCUGGAUGGAGGAAUCAUUUGUUAAGGCUCUGGGAUCUCUAUACGGACCCAAUGCUGGGGUUUUCCGUGACCUCUAUGUUGAUUUGCGCCGAUAUUACCGUGGCACGUCACUGAAUAUAGAGGAGGCGCUGGAUGAGUUCUGGAUGCGCCUUCUGGAGCGCCUGCUGAAGUCCUCCGAGCCGUCCCUUGUCUCUGAUGAUUUCCUUGAGUGUGCGUCCAAACAGACGGAGACCCUGCAUCCAUUCGGGGACGCUCCACGAGAGCUCAGGGUCCGACUGGUGCGCGUGUUGGUCGCUGCUCGUGCCUUCGUGCAGGGUCUCAACGUGGCUGGAGAGGUUGUGAGGAAGGUUUCUCAGGUUCCUCUGAGCCCUGAGUGUAACCGUGCCAUCAUGAAGCUGGUGUACUGUCCGCACUGCCGCGGUCUCAGCUCGGCCAAACCCUGUGCCAAUUAUUGCAAGAAUGUCAUGAAGGGUUGUCUGGCUAAUCAGGCCGACCUGGAUGCGGAGUGGCAGAAUCUCAUCGACACUAUGCUGCAGGUGGCUGCCAGCUUUGGCUCUGAGCCCAGCAUGGACGUGGUGCUACACUCUAUCCCUGUGCGCAUCUCCGAGGCUGUGCUGCACAUGCAGGAGAACAUGGCGAUCUACACCAAUAAGGUUUUCCAGGCAUGUGGAGGGCGUGGAGAGGAAGGCACCCAGAGCUCAGUGUCUGAUGAGCCCAAAAAGAAGGGAAAGAGUGUAACAGCACUGGAGUACAAAGCCAGCCCCACAGCGGCUGUCAGACUGGAAGUGCAGGUUUCUGAUGUAUCUAGUAAACUGAAGGAGAUGCAGCUGUACUGGAUUCAGCUCCCCUCUGCUCUGUGCGACAGUAAAGCAGCAUCCGGUUCUGCUAGCGAUGACGACUGUUGGAACGGCAUGGCCAAAGCACGGUACCUCCCCCAGCUCAUGGGAGAUGGUCUGGCCAAUCAGGUAAAUAAUCCUGAGGUGGACAUUGACAUCACCAAGCCGGACAUGACAAUACGACAGCAGAUCAUGCAGCUGAAGAUAAUUUCUAAUCGCCUGAAAAAUGCCCUUGAUGGCAACGAUGUGGAUUUUCAGGACACGAGUGAUGACGUCAGUGGUUCAGGCAGCGGCAUGUGCAGCGAGCAGCUCUGUGUCCGAAGUGCACCGCCGGUCUUUGGGCCUAAACUGGACAGACCCAAACUGGACGCCUACAGCCCAGAGGACAAACAAGUGAAAGGUGACGGGAGUCGAAUUAUACCAUCUGCCUUCCUAAUUGUGGUGCUGAUUGUGAUCAAUCUGCGGUUCAGACGGUAA